AGCCCACUACUCAAUGGGCUCACCAAGUAUACAGAUAGAACGUCUCGGUUCUAUCUCCACCACCACAAAAAGAGACGGUUUUUGUGGCUGGGCUUGGUGGCACACCUGUUAUCUUCACACUUCAGAGAGGGAAGUCGGAUCAGGAGUUCGAGACUAGACUUACCUACAUAGUUAAAAGGCAGCUUGGGCUACAGGCACUCAGUCCUGUCUCAACAAUGACAAAAUCAGUCUAGGACUGGAAUAGUUCCUUUGUCUUCUGCCAUCUCAUUCCAGAACCACCUGCUCAAGUGUUUGUUGAGUGACUAACAGUUAACUGCACACUUGCUGAGCGUUUUGUUGUCACCUCUGUAGUUUGGUGAAGCAGACGUCAUAAAACUCAUUUUAUAGACAGGGCAGCUGGCUUGACAAAGUCAAAUUGAGGGUCACACAGGACAGUGUGACACCUGUUGCUGCGUACUUCCAGCCUUGUAAUAUAUUUGGCUUCCUAGCCUGUACUUAAAUACCAGUCAGUCUUUGCACGUAGCAAGGAAUCCAACCUACAAGUGUUCUGGGACCAGUGCGGGCAUACUGGAACUAAAAAGACGAUGGGAUAAGAUCACCCAUCUGAGGAUUUUUAUUGUAUAAGUAACCGCUGUAUCACUAGGCCUUAGGAAGGUCAAAAGCAGAUCCCAGCUCCAUCAGUUAAGAGAUCUUGGGGUCACCUGCUGGGGUGUAGCCUAGGCCUCUGGGUAACCGUCACAACCCCCAUCCAGUCCAGUCAAUUGCCUGGGAAGAGAAAAGGCGCCUAGCUGCGCACCGCAAACACGAGGCAGGUCUGGGGCUCCGCCCUUGGCAGCACCCCGCGCGCCAGGUGCCCGCCGAGCUCCGUGCGCAGUGCAGGCCCAGGCUGCGCGCCCUCCGCGUGCUGAAAUUCAAAAGAGGCGAAAGCCCCGCGGGGCGGCGCCGGCAGAGACGUCGAGGCCGGGCUGAGUGCGGCUGCGCUCACUGCCCAAGCCGGUCGGCCCCAGGUGUGUGCGCUCCCGGGACGCCGCAGGAGCUGGAGGAGCCUACUGUGGACGCGGAUGGCUGCCGAACCCUGGUUCACGGGGUCGCUGGCCCUAGGCCCCGGAGAAGCACCGCCUUCGGAGGAACUGGGACCCGGGCCGCCGCCCUAUGGAGACCCUUCGUGGUCGCCCGCCGGGAGACCCGAGACUUCAGCGGAGCAGGAGCCCCAGCGGGCACAGCCCAUGAUGGAAGCUCCAGCCUCCACGUCCUCCCGGGAGCCACUGGCAGCGGAGCUCGGGCCGGCCCCUGCUCGCCUCCCGCUGGACUCUAUGUUCAGCCCCAUCACUGACCAGCUCCGUUACCUGCUCAGGAAGGCGGAUGACUUUCAAAGCUACUUGCUCUACAGCAGGGACCGAGUACAGAAGGAACAGCUAGCCAAGGCCAUGCCCACCUUCUUAACAAUGUGUGAACCAUACUUCUUAUACCUUGAGGCUGCAGCAAGGAGUGUCCCUCCCAUCUAUGGAGCCCUGCAGGAGUUGGUCCGGAAGGGGUUGCUGGAGAUCUCCCAGCAGCUAACACUGCGCUUGGAACAGUUAGUUCUCAUGUAUGCCUCCUUUGGGUUCGUGGACCUGGAGGAAACCAACCCUUUGAGCAUCUCCUGCUUUUUCUGCGGGAGGUUCUCCAUCAGCCCCUCCCACGACGUGUCCAUCUUCCGAUACUGCACACCAGCUGCCUAUACUGCCAGUCACUUCCCAAGAUACCUCUAUAAGAAGAUGCGCUGGAACCUGGAAACCACCACAGAGGCCAGCAGCCAAGGAGCAGACUCCCAUGUGGAUUACUACUUCUUGUGUUAUCGAGAUACAUGGGAGGAUGCAGGCCAGGGACCAGCCAAUUCCUGCCCCCAGAUCCAGAAACUCUGGUCCAUUGGCCGAUGGAUGCCCCUAGGACCAGCAGAGGAUGAUCUUGACUCGUGGAUUUUGUGCCCACAGCCACCCGGGGACUACCAGCAGCUACUAACCAUCGGCUUCGAGGAGCCGUCGCAUGUGCUGGCCACCGACCUGCUGGUGCAGAUCCUCCUGGGCCAGGCAGGCCCCGCCCGGCCCCCCAGCGCUGCCGGGCCCGCGGCUUGGGCAGCCCCGGCAUCCUGAGUCCCAGGAGAAGGCGCCAGCUCGAGCCUGACAACCCCAAACUCCAGGCAGGAAGAGGUGCGGCUGCAUAGAGUACGGCCCGGCAUGGGCCACCGAAUACCAAGUGCGGGUAGACUUUUCUGUUAAUAAAAUAGCAAGGUCAGAG